AUGAAGAGGCCCCUGCGCGCAUACACGUAUGCAUAUGCAGGCACCAAGAAGCGAGACGGUAUCUGGAGUAUGCCUCAGACGCCGCGUACACCGCGCACGCCGUCGCCGCCACCAAUAGCGAUACAGCCUGCGCACAAUACACGCAAGAGGAGGAGGAUGAAUAUGGGCUCACCACCGAAGCAGAAGAGAAAUGCAUGGAUAAUUUACAGAACUACUAUAUUCAGACACCUGAUACAAAUCAGCGAUAACAUCCGCCUCGACCAGUCAAAAUUGUCGCGGUCCGUGUCGGAUAUGUGGAGAAAUGAGAAUAAAAUAGUGCGGGAUAAAUUCGCUGAAGCGGCGCUACUUGAAAAACAAGGAGUACGGGCGCAGAUGGAGUUUGAUGGGGAAUUUUCAGAUGGCGUGCAAAAACGCGUACGGGAGAUUGCUCAUAAAGCUAACAGGGCGAGACACGAAAAAAUAGGGAAGAACGGAGGCGAGGUGAAGAAACCACUCAAUGCGGGCAGGAGAAGAUCACAGACGCUGGGUACAGAUCAAAUCAGAGUUCCCAGUAAAGAAGUUAGGAGCGCGAGUGUACAGCCCGUCGAUACUAACAAAUUUCUUGAAACUUGUACGUGCAGUACUGAUGAGAGGAGCAAGGGCACCAAAGGCACACCCGGGAGUGAGAGCACAUCAAGCACUUAUACCACCACUAAUACCAACAACCAAGGAGAACUCGGCUCACCUUUCCUCAGUGACACUUUCUCUUUCAAAGAUACCAUCGUUUCACCAUACGACGAAUUUACAGAUCUAAACGCAGCAAAUUGCGACUGUUAUUAUUAUGACGACUCUCAAUACCAAGACUACUAUCAGUAUCAUAACUACCAUAAUUACCAUCACACUGGGAUAUACUAA